AAUGUAUCGUUUUUCUCUAUUAUUAAAUAAUGAUUAAAAAUGUUUGAAUGAAAUUAGGUGAAGAAAUGUUAAAUCAUUUUUUUGUGGUUGCUAUCGCAAUUUCUGCUGUCGGUUUUCUAUAUGGAGUUUACAAUAUUAAUUUGGAAGUUGAGUCCAAUGCUUGCCAAAUGACAUAUAUGUUUGCACCACCUCAGUUUUCGAGGGUACACUCCACCGACGAUGUAAAAUUUCCGGAUUACGGUUUGUAUUACUACAAUGAAGGACGAAUACCAAUUGACGUAGGUAAAAAAAAAUUGAAUGGUGCACCGGUAAUUUUUAUCCCAGGAAAUGGAGGCUCUUAUAAGCAAGUACGAUCUCUGGCAUCGGUUGCGUUACGAAAAGCCAGAGAAGUUGAAAGUGGGGUUCAUUUGGAUUAUUAUACAAUUGACUUCAGCGAAGAGCUUUCGGCGUUGUAUGGCCACUACUUGGAGAGGCAAACAUUAUAUUUAAAGAAUUGCAUAGAAACUAUUUUAAAGCUUUAUGCAAAUGAUAAAAAGAUUGCUUUAAUUGGCCAUUCAAUGGGUGCUGUAAUAUCUCAAGCAAUUUUAAGAGAUCCUGAAAUUUCAAAACACGUCAACACAUUAAUAUCUCUGUCUUCUCCUAUAAAUAAACCUAUAUUAAUACUUGAUGAAAAGAUAGAAAUGUUUUACAAAAGCAUAAACAAAUCACUAUCCAGGACGCGCUCCUCUUUCAAGCCAGACGAAAAUUUUAAUGUUUGUUCCUCUUCCCGCACUCGGUUUUUACUUGGCAACUAUACUAAUUAUUACAAAUCGUAUUUAAAAAAUGUUAUGAUUAUCUCUAUUGGUGGAGGAAAUCGCGACUUACUUGUACAACCUGGUUAUACGUUUUCCAAAUUUAGUGAUAUACAUUCCAUGACGAUGUCCAUACCUAAGGUCUGGAUAAGCUGUGACCACUUAUCGGCAGUUUGGUGUCUUCAGCUUGUACUUGUUAUUAAUAGAUAUUUGUUUGAAAUUUCAAAAAUCGACAAAAACAAAAUCGUUUAUUUCAUUAAUGACAGAGCAAUUAGAGAAAAAAUUGCCCACAAUUACUUUGUGAAACCAAAUAUAUUGGCACCAAAAGAAAUUAACGUUGAGCAGCAAGCUAUGUGGCGUGAAGAUAAGCGAAGAGUAUUUUCAAAAGGAUUCAAAGAAGGUGUCAAAAAUAACUUUAUCCAAAUGAUUCCGCUGAGAAAGCACCUUACGCAUCAGAAAUUAUGUAUUGAUAUUAACCGGUUGGAUCUUAGUGACUUCAUUUUUGGUUGUUCGGUAAAACAUAAUGUGGAUGAAAACUUGCACUGCAAAACCAAGGUUUCACUUUCUCAUAAUUUUUACACACUACCAUGGAUUAACAAUGAAAUACGUACUGUGGCAAUACUUGAUAUAAAAAAUUUGAGAAACACAUUUCCGAAUUGGACUCAUAUAGGUAUAUUUCUUCGCGCCUCCCGAAAACCGAAGUCAUUCAACAUAGAUAUACAUAAUCCCACCGAGCGACAAGUUUACUUUAAAUUACCACACUGGUCCACACUUCAAAAGACAACUUUAGUAAAAGAAACCUCACAGGGAACAGUGUAUUAUAAACUUUUAAUACAAGGUCUUGAAGAAACAUAUUCGACUAUGGAAUUGAAAUUUGAACCUUUAUCUUGUUUGGGGGACUCAAAUCCAGUUGUAAUUAAAAUGUGCACCCCUUGGCUGCCUGGAUUUACUAAAUAUCACAUUAUUCGGGAUCCAUCAGCUGAAGUAUUUUAUGUCAACAUUCCUGUUGCAAGUCCGAGAGGUUAUAAUUUAACGAAAAAUCCGAUCUCUUUAGAAGUUUAUUUGGAUCCUGCCUGCCGAUAUCAUAUAAGUUAUAAAUUUUCCAUUGAGGGUACAAUGUCAAGAAUCGUUCACCACUUUUAUCAGUGGUUACCAUCUCAUUUGACAGCGGUUAUAUUGAUCAUAUUGAAGAAUAAAAUAUCGAAACUUCAUCAUGAAUCAAGUACAAAAGGAAUUAGACCAUUUCAUGGGUACUUCCAAUUUUCGUCCAUAUACCUUAUUACUGGUUGUCGUAUUUUUAGCAAAUUGGUGAUCAAAAAUGAAAACCAUGACGAUCUUCGUGGAUUAUCAAUAUAUUUGGUUGCAAUUAUACACAGCACGGCUAUUGUUAUAUCAAUUGUUACUGUUUUUGCAGUUUGGAUUUUGAUAAUUUUUAAUGCAUACGGAUUUUCAAAAGUAAUCAAUUGGUGCUUAUUCAGAUCAGUACUUUUACCUGUGGCAGGUACCUUUCCAUUAUUAUUUGGUGCAUUCAUUAUUUCCUUGGCAUUAAAAACAUGCGGAGAGUUGGCACUGGUUGUAACGUGCAUUCUAUAUUUAUUGUUGAUUUCAAAUGCCUACAGUGACUAUGUCGAAAAUUGGAUAUUGAAUACAGCAGUAACAUUGCACACAAAAUUGCGGAGCUUCUAUUACAAUCAAAGUUUUAAGGAAACAGCAGAAACGAGCAAAAAUGUGAAUUCAAUCAGCUGCAAUGGAAUGAAUAAUUUUUCAUUUCACAUAUCUUUAUUUAUACUGCUGCUCAUUAUAACGGCUUUGAAUUCUAUGAGCGGUGUGGCUUGGAUUAAGGACCACAGCAUUGUGAUGCGAGGAGGCGACCCAUCUCUAUUCCCUUCUUUGAUCGUUAUUCUCUCACUAAGUGUGCUAUGGCUGUUAAAAGCACCACAGAAAAUACCUUCAUUUCAAUUUGGAUACAAGGCGGUUUCUAUAUUAUUGUAUAUUAGCGCCUCAGGGUGCAUUAUUUUAUGUCAAGAGGCUUUGUAUAAACUGAACUACAUAAUUUCAGCUACUUUCGUAAUAAUAGUAUUACAAGAAAUAUUAGGACGAGGCUGGACAACUUAUAAUAAAAUAAAAAAUAUGUAAAACAUUUAAAAGAGA